ACCCCAGUCGAGGGAUAGAGGAACAACCCUGGAAUAACAACAAGACCUCGAAGCACACUAGCGACGACCAUAGACCACUACACUUGCCAGCUUUUUCGGAGCAAAACACUAGAAAGAUCUAGACUAGCAUCACGAGUACAAUAUUUAAAAAAGAAAUUGGCUUUAAGUGCAUCGCAAGCUCACUGUGAUAUAUUCUAGAAAGGCUUACGAGCCGAUUGAAGCUUCAGGACUACGAAGGGACUAACAAUGUACCUUUUGAGGAUCAUACAAAUAACCACUGGAUUGGUUUUACAUUCAUGGCUCUACCAAGACACAGAUUGUUUGAGGGACAACGCUUUCUCACACAUCGCCAAGGUGAACUUACAAUAUGGAAUGUAUCAAGAUGGAGGAAGGUUUUACCAAAUCGAUAUGAAACUACCCAAAGAUUAUCAUAAGAAGAAACGAGUGGCUCGAGCUGCCACAAGUGACGAAUCCAGACUGUGGCCAAAAGGCAUUGUACCUUACGUCAUCGCUGAUAGUAUAACAAAACGUCAAGAACACUUUAAAAUACUCCAAGGAGCCAUGGAAGAAUGGCAAAAGAAGACAUGUCUUAAGUUCAAAAAGAGAACAACAGAGAGACAUUUUGUGGAAUUUUAUUACGGAGAAGGGUGUAAUUCAGAUGUUGGUGUUAUGGGCACCGGACGACAAACCACAUCUCUAGGGAAAGGCUGCGAGGAUCAUGGUAUCAUGGUACACGAAAUAGGCCAUCUGAUUGGUCUAUAUCACGAACAAAACAGACCUGAUAGAGACAAUUAUGUGGAGAUCCUUUUGGAAAACGUCUUUCCAAGAUAUCACUACGCGUUUGAGAAGAAAGAUGAGAAAGAAACAGACGGCAGAGGUGUACCAUACGACUUUUACUCCGUCAUGCAUUAUGGAUCGAAAGAUUUCUCUAAAAACAAAAAGCCCACCAUCGUGUCAAAAGCAGACGGCAUCACAGAGUUUGGAAAUACUAAAAUCAGUAAUCUUGAUGCAAAGGUGGUCAAUUUGAUGUACAAAUGUCCAGAACUUAUUAAAUUUCCCAGGGACUUUCAAUGGAAACCUUAUGGCAUUAGUCGCCGCGACAAAGACUGUAUUCAAAUACAAGAGYCGGAAGACCCUUACAGCUGGUCGAACAACUAUCUCUGCAGACAACCUGGAAAAAGGCAUAUUGGACUGGAGUGGUCUAAUAGUGGGCCAAUUGAGGGAAUGAACUGCGUUAAAGCAGAUGCUCCAUCGAUGGAAGGAAAAUAUGGCUGGGACAAUAACUAUUUUUGUUGGCCGAAAGAAAGUGUGUAUAAGUUCACGUGGGAGAAAAAAAUCCCAGAUCGAUCGGUCAAACAUCAUUGUUUGAAAAUCUACGAACCACGUGAUCGUUAUUGGUCGAGAAGAAAUUAUUAUCUCUGUGGAAAUCAGGAUGAAUCUCCUGUAGAUGGAGAGUGGAGUUUAUGGUCGAAGUGGACCGAAUGCACACGUAAAUGUGGUGGUGGCUAUCGCCGACGAGUACGAACGUGUAACAACCCUCCUCCCUCCUAUGGUGGCAAGUAUUGCAUUGGAAAGACAGCAAUGACUGGUCGCUGUGGAAUGAAGAGCUGUGAAGAAUGGCCUUUAUUUCCCGACGAUUUUGUGUACAAGAUAUUUCAACUGCCUCCAAUUGACUUAUCUUGUAUACGUACUUAUGAAAGAUUUGACUACUUCCAAUGGGCAAACCAUUUGUUUUGCGUGAGAGAUGACAAGAAAGACCCUCGAUUUGAGUGGUCAGACAGUGGCCCUAAACCAGGCAUGAAGUGCGUUCGUAUCUUCAAUCCCGUAGAGACUAAAUUACGAAGAAACACUUGGAAUAACAACUAUCUUUGCUCACCUCAAGACACUCCUUAUAACUUCCAUUUCUCCCGACAAGGUGCCAUCAAGGGCAUGGCAUGUCUUCGAUGGUUUCCCAAGAUGAAUCGUGGAUGGGAUAACUCGUAUCUCUGUUCUGAUUUCACUGGAGGUACAGAUAAAGAAGCAAUCAAAGAAGAUAAGCCGACUCGUGGAGGGUGGUCAGACUGGGGCCCCUGGACACAGUGCUCCAAGUCAUGUUCUGGUGGAGUCCAGAAACGUUUCCGAACUUGUACAAACCCCAAACCACAGAAUGGAGGUGAACAAUGCUCUGGAGCUGAAAAAGAGGAGAAAGUUUGUAAUACUCAAGGAUGUGCUAUUGAUGGUCAGUGGACUGACUGGUAUCCUUGGUCCAGGUGCACUAAAUCCUGUGGGGGAGGAGAGCAGCAAAGACGUCGUUCCUGUACUAACCCUGUCCCUCAAAAUGGCGGCAAGCAGUGCGAAGGGGUAGAUAUCAUCCGAAGAAGAUGCAACGAGCUGCCUUGUGCUAUAGAUGGAGGUUGGUCACCAUGGACUUGGUGGGGAAGAUGUAGUAAGACAUGUGGACAAGGUAUUCAGCUACGCAGCCGUUCAUGUACCAACCCCAGACCAAGAGAUGGUGGCCGAAUGUGCCCUGGGAAGCAUGCAGAGAUCAGAAAGUGUAAUUCUAGACAAUGUCCUAUAGACGGAGCCUGGUCACAAUGGUCAAGUUGGAGCGCCUGCAGUAAAACAUGCAGCGGUGGUAUUCAGAUACGCAAGCGCACUUGUUCCAAUCCUAUUCCUCAGUUUGGAGGUCGAAGAUGUUUAGGGGAAAGUAAAGAGGAACAAAGAUGUAAUACCACGCCCUGUCCUAUAGAUGGUAAUUGGGCAACAUGGACGACUUGGAAAGCCUGCAGUAAAAGUUGUGGCGGUGGUAUACAAAGUCGCAUGCGCACUUGUAGCAAACCGAUACCUCGGUAUGGCGGAAAGCGAUGCCUUGGUAAAGCCUACGAAGAACAGGGAUGUCAAACUCAGCCUUGUCCUUUACCUCCAGUCGACGGUAACUGGGCUGUAUGGUCACCAUGGAAACCCUGUACCAAAACAUGUGCUGGAGGAGUUCAACAACGAAUAAGAACAUGUACAAACCCGGUUCCACAACAUGGCGGUAGGAGGUGUACGGGGAAUAAUUUCCAGGAACGUAGAUGCAAUACCGGUGCUUGCCCUAAACUACCCAUWGAUGGUAACUGGUCUUUUUGGUCUCAAUGGAGAGCCUGCAGUAAGUGGUGCGGCGGUGGCAUCACACAACGCACGCGCAGUUGUACGAACCCAAGACCUGAAAAUGGCGGUAGGAACUGUUAUGGAGCCAGAUACCAAACCAAAAAAUGUAACACRAGACCUUGUAGAGUUGAUGGCAAGUGGUCAUUGUGGUCGAAAUGGAAAGCCUGCAGUAAGCGAUCACGGUUGGAAACAAGAAUAUGUAACACUCAAUCCUGUAGAAUUGAUGGUGGAUGGAGGUUAUGGUCAUCAUGGAGAGCCUGCAGUACAAAGUGCGGUGGUGGAUUCCAGUUGCGCAMGCGCAGUUGCACAAACCCCAGACCAGCUAAUGGUGGUAGGAACUGUAUUGGAAAGACACUCGAAAAGAGAUCGUGCAACACUCGGCCUUGUAAAGUCGAUGGUAGAUGGUCCUUAUGGUCCCAAUGGAAAACCUGCAGUAAAAUAUGUGGCGGUGGAAUYCAGCAGCGCAUGCGUAGUUGUACAAAUCCAAGACCUGCUAACGGCGGGCGAAAUUGUUACGGACUAAGCUAUCAAACCAGACAAUGCAACACCAACCCUUGUAAAACUGAUGGCAAAUGGUCGUUAUGGUCGACAUGGAGAGCCUGCAGUAAAUCAUGCGGAGGUGGUUUUCAGCAGCGCACGCGCACUUGUACAAACCCGAGACCCACGAAUGGWGGCAAAAACUGUAUUGGAAGAACAUAUGAAACCAGAAUAUGUAACACGACUCCUUGUAGAGUUGUGGGAUGGCGAGACUGGUCAGCAUGGGGUGCCUGCAGUGUUUCUUGCGGCGGUGGUACCCAAGUGCGCAGGCGUACUUGUGUUGGGAGAUGUGCAGGACGAACCACAGAAACGCAGCGAUGCAAUACCUUGCAAUGCAGAAUAGAGUGUGGCGGUACUGUGACCGGGAGAAGUGGUCGUAUCAUAUCUCCAGGUUAUCCAAAYAAUUAUCCUAAUAACAUCGAGUGCACUUGGAUCAUCAAAGCACCAGAAAACCUCCAAGUCAAACUUGUAUUCUCUUACUUUCACAUGGAAAAUGGAGAAUCCUGUCUUAAUGAUUAUGUUGAAGUGCGUGACGGAAAGCAAGAUUCUCUUGCUCUCGGAAAAUACUGUGGAGCAGUUACACCUGAGAUUACGUGGUCAACAGGUACCGACAUGUGGGUGCGAUUCCAUUCCAAUGGCAGACACACUUAUCGAGGGUUUGACGCGACAUGGAGUGCUGUCAAUACUGAGACUGAUGGAUCAACGUCGGCAGGAAAUAUACAUGUACUUAAUAGAAUGUACGAUAGUGGGUUAACGCCUAAGGAUAGUUGUGGUGGUCGUAUAGAAAGUAACUAUGGUCGUUUGACCAGUCCAGGAUUUCCAUCCCACUAUCGUCCAAAUCUAGACUGCGAAUGGGUCGUUACGGCGUCUACUGGACGAGUUAUUAAAUUCUAUUUCGAAUAUAUGAAUAUUGAUAGCACUGGGCACUGUGGCCGUGACUUUGUAAGUUUGAAAGACGGGGAUACCAGAUCGUCACCGUCCUUGGGUAGAUACUGCGGACAAAGACGACAAGUUACGAAGACAACCUCUUCGAAUUCCUUUACCAUUCGAUUCCGUUCCGAUGGCUCUAUUCAAAGGACAGGCUUCAGUUUGCGAUGGACCAGUUAUUAUAGAUWCCGCGCGUUUAAUCCAGCCCGACGUGAUCUUAAAGCCAGGAAAAGUAUGAUUAGAGCAAACACCGGCGAAGUUACGUAUAAAUACAGUGAUUAUGAUUGUCCUCGUGGAUGGGCGUCCUAUAACAUCAACGACAACCUAUAUUGCUAUAAACUCAAAAAACACUAUCAUUCGUGGUUGAAAGCUUACGUGAAAUGUAGACAAAACGGAGCCGAGUUACUGACAAUUACAAGCAGCGAAGAACAAGAAUUUGUCCGAUAUCAAGUCCAAAAGAAAAACUACGUGUGGAUUGGUUUAAGUGACUUCAGACAAGAAGGGAACUGGACCUGGGAAAAUGGCACUCCACUGACUUAUACCAACUGGGCAAGAGGAGAACCAAACAACGGUCAGAGAUAUUGGAACGAACACUGCGCUUUAUUGAAGCCCAACGGAAAGUGGAAUGACUUUCCCUGCGACUUCCAGUUUAGCUAUAUUUGUAAGAUGCGUAAGACUUAAAAAAAUGUCAAAGCUAAAACUACACAAGAGAAGUUCUAUAUAGACCGUAAAACCUUAGUUUGGCGUACUUUUCCAGCCACUUCGAUCCUCCGUGGAAUAAGUACUAACCGAAAGUCCAGCAUCUGUCAAGCAUUAUCGAAAAAAAGGAAAUAAUACUCAAGGGAAUGACCCUUGAUCCGAGGGUCAAAAUUAUCUUCACAAAGAUCUGUUGCCACACGAAACAAAAUGAGGGUACUAACAUUUCAACGUUGGAAGACAAUAAGGAAGAGAUCUACUAUGAAUUGUGUAUAUCAAAGCAACUAGCAGUGAAACAGAUACAGAAAGCCAGUGUUAGUGCCAUACGGAGCAAAGAAAUGUCGGGCAUGUGGGAUAAUUUCCUAAUGGUGAGCGAAGCGGGUUGGAAGGGCUAGAGGCUACAUACAUCCCCAACCAUACUUCCCAGAACACACAAUUUUGAUAGAGUGUACUAAACCUAUUAUUAAUAUUUUAUUAUUAUUAUUAGAUUUUCAUUUUUUACCAAAAGUACAUUGUAAUAUAAUCCACAAAGAAAUGAUAUAUAGAAAGAGUAAAGUUGUAAAUACAUUUUUAUUGACAUGAAUGAAUGAAACAAUCGUUGUAGAAUAAAAGAUUUAUGUUUGAAUAAAAAAGACCCAGACCUCAGGAGAAUGUUUGCCGAGGCCAAAGCCACUGUACUUAUAAAAAUGUUCAUACGUCAACGAACAAUUAGGAUAGCUUUAUUCAUUGAUAGAUGUCUCCGAUUUUUGUAAUCGUUUUUGGUCUCAUCUUUUAGGUUUUAUGGUGUAUCACUUUAUUAAAAUAGCCAUAAUUAACAAA